AUGUGUAAUCCUGACGACAACGUCGAAUUUGACUCUGACAACUUAUGCAGUCAACACUACGCUGAGUGGGAAGCAAUUACCGAUUCAUCCUCCGGGUCGGGCUCUUCCGAAUCCGAAUCCAGCGAUGACGAACCUCCGGCAGAGAAGCCUCAACCUCAAGUGAACAGCGGCCAAACCACUACUGAAGGUAGCAACCCCGACGGCACAGUUCAACAAGCAACUGCCCAAGAGGAGGAGGGUGGCGAGGAUCAUGCUGCUGGGUCUGGCUCUAGCUCUGAGGGUGAAGAAGAGAACAACGAAGCUGAAGAGGCGGAAGAGGAGGAGCAAGAAGUAGGAGGGUGUAUGAAAUGCGCUGAUCCAGUAGACUUCUCACAUGCUUAUGGAGACUUAUGUGCAGAACAUCAAGCGGAGGAGGAUGAAAGAAAUAAUUCCAACUACAACCAUGCUGGACCAAGCGGAUCUGACGAUCACGAUAGUGGAUAUGGUGGUUCAGGCUCCGAAAGCAGCGACGAAUGGGAUUCCGAUGACGGACCAGGACAAGCUUACUGA